GAUAGUGUACGGGCGUGCUAACGCUUCUCAAGCAUUUAUUCUCUUGUUCCGCCACAUUUAUCCACAUACACACAUUAUUAAUAAAAAUCCUUAAAAAAAAUUGUCCGCGUGUCCUCAAAUAAAAAUUCAAGCAAAACAAAAACGAACAAAAUUCAUCAACAUCAUAUUGUUUACUGUGGUCUAAAAUAAAGCCCAGUUAAUCCAUCAAAACAACAUUCGAUAAAUCAUCAACAACAUCUACUACCACCACAACAACAACAACAACUACAACAGCAACAACAACCGUUGCAACUGACAAAGUAACAAGAAAAUCGAAUUGGCCAAGACCUGAGAGUAUUGGAUUUGUUUUUUUUAUCAAACGAUUGGAAAACACAGUCUCAAUUGCCGCGGGAAUUUUUCCAAUAAGUCAACCAGAGGAGAGAGAAAAAAAAUACGUUCGAACCACGAGUAUUGAAAGUAUAAGAAGAAUAGAGAAAUAUCGAAAAAGAAAAGUACAGAAGGAUAGCUGAAAAAGAGCAAAACGGUACAGUAAAGCUGUGAAAAAUAAAUGAAAGAACUCUGACACAAAUAUACACACAGAGACAAAGCGAAAGAAAAACGGCGCAUCAUUAAGAAAGGAAAACAAAGAACUGAUCAAAAACUGUUUUAUAGUACUUUAUGCAUAUCUGUUCACAUAUAUAAUAAUAAAAAUAAGACAAUUCGAAUUGAGAGCGUAUCGUGACUCAAAGGCGAUAGUUGAAGAACAGACAAACGAAACACACAAAACGAAUAAUAGAAAGCGAGUACAAGAAGAGAGAGAGAGAGAGAAAGAAGAAAGACAUCGAGUCCGGAUUGAAUUGAACCAACUGAGAAGGAGAUAUAAAAAGCGGUGUGAUCCUUUCUUUUUAUGAACGUUUAAUGUGGAGUGUUUAAGUGCGAUAAAAACUGAUAGCAAAAAAGUGUGAAUUAAUUGAAAUUCAUUGUCAACGGAUUUUCUACUGCUAGAACGAAGUUUCGCUUCUACAAUUUAAUCUUUUUAAAGCGAAAUCUUUCCAUUGAACUCAAAGGGAAAAAAACUGACUCAUCAUCACAACCACUACCAUCAAACAUUACCAUCAUCAUCACCACCAUCGUCAUUACCUCUGUCGUCACCGCUGCAGCUGCCGCUUAUACCGUAUCCGACAAUUAAAUAGCGAACCAGAGAUACUGGAGACGUAAACGUAGUCAAACAAAAAAAAAAUCUCUUGUAAAAUUGGCCAGACGACUAUUUGCAACGGAUAAGAAAGUAAAUACUGAAUAUUACUGGUUUACGGAAAACCCGCUAAAACGGAGUCCGACAAGAGUCAAAUUGUGGGAAUAUUAAAAUAUCUGUUCGCUCAUUUCGAGAAAAGGUUGUCUUUAUCUCGGCGCCCAGAAUAUUGAAAAUAAGCAGCUCACAGUCUAUUUUCAACAUCACGGACUUUGUUAGUGUCAUCUGAACACCCUUAAUUCGUACAGAAUCGUACAUAUAAAUAGUACAGCACCAACAGCAAACGCACCGACAACAACUACUUGUCAAGUAAAAAAAAAACGAAAGCGAAUCUUCACAAACUACAAUAAAUACGGGAGCAGAGUUUGUGUGUUCAUAAGAAAAAACCGAAGAAGAAAAAAGAAAGAGAGAAGAAAGUAAAAGUACUGGCAGCAACGUUGAGCUUAAUUCUACACAUUUACUCGCGCGAAAUUAUUUCAAAGUUUUAUCAUCGUAACGAAAAACGAAUCUAGUUGACGUCACAAUACGGUGUGCAUAAGAGAAGAUAGACAAAGGAGUCAAGCAGCAAAAACAAAACAAAAAAGCACGUCGAAGUAUUCAUGUUUGAAAAGUUUCAAACAAUAGAAAACCGCGCAAGAAUCUAAUUGAUAAUUAAUCAUAUCGUCGUAUCGCCUGACAUUGGGACUAAAAUUGAAAUCUGUCGAAAGCGAGAACAACGACAACACGGUGUGCGCAUUCACAAUACAAAUCACACAAUAUCAUAAAGAAUUCGUAAAAUCGAAAACUGCAAAAAAGACAAAAACAUACAUUUAAACAAACACAAAAAAAAAAAAUAUAUUUAUAUAUAUAUUUAAAGCGUAAAAUAAAGAGAGCAAAAAAAGGGCGAUCGCAGCAUAAUAGCAAUAAGAAGCAGCUCAUAAUCUGUGCCACAGGCGUUUAGUUAUAGAAUUUGCCAUAAAAUUUAGUGGCAAUUUUUAUCAAAUAAAACUUAUAAACGGGAAUCCAGCUAAUAACAUUUUAUCGAAAGAAAACAGAAGAAGCGUGCGCCUAUAUCGCCCACACAGUAGCUGAGACGUUCCGAUAUAAUACAGAGAAAAGAAAAAGUUUUCAUCGCAAUAAAUUCUCAAGCAAUAAAUAUCAAUAGAAUCGCAUAACAAUGGAAGAAAGUAAUACACCAAGUAACUUGGAAAUAAAGGGUGAUCCAUCGGUUACUCUAACCAUAAGGCUGAUUAUGCAGGGAAAGGAAGUUGGAAGUAUUAUCGGUAAAAAAGGAGAAAUCGUUAAUCGGUUCCGCGAAGAGUCUGGUGCAAAGAUUAACAUAUCGGAUGGAUCAUGUCCGGAGCGAAUAGUUACAGUUUCCGGAUCAACAAAUGCAAUUUUUAAGGCAUUCUCACUAAUUACAAAAAAAUUCGAAGAGUGGUGUUCGCAAUUCAAUGAUAAUACAACAACCGGUGGCAAAACUCAAGUACCCAUACGAUUAAUCGUGCCAGCUAGCCAGUGCGGAUCACUAAUUGGUAAAGGAGGUUCGAAAAUAAAGGAAAUCCGAGAGAGUACCGGCUGUUCAAUUCAAGUUGCAAGUGAUAUGUUGCCAAAUUCAACUGAACGUGAGGUGAAACUGACUGGAACUGCUGAACAAAUUACACAGUGCAUCUUUCACAUAUGCUGUGUCAUGCUUGAGUCGCCACCAAAAGGUGCAACAAUCCCAUAUCGCCCAAAGCCACAGAUCAAUGCGCCCGUUUUAUUAGCCAAUGGACAAGCAUACACAAUACAAGGAAGUUAUGUUCCAGCACAGGAGACCUGUACGGUAUUUCCACUUGCGUUGGCCGGUGGUCUUCAUGCAGGAAUCUCAGGUUUAGCAGACCCACUUCUAAAAGGAACACAUUUGUCGGCUGCAAUGCCGCCACAUCAUCUGCAGCAAAUACCCGAUAUGAGCGGUUUGACUAAAAAUCCAUUGGCCGGUUUGGCAGCAUUGGGAUUGGCUGGAAUGGCACCAUCGAAUACUGGCGGAUUGAAUCCAACUGCAUUGGCUGCAUUGGCCGGUUCUCAAUUACGUACAAGCAAUCAGAAUCGCAAUCAACAGCAAACAAAUCGACAACAACAUGAAAUGACUGUGCCGAAUGAUUUAAUUGGCUGUAUCAUUGGCAAAGGUGGUACUAAAAUUGCUGAAAUUCGCCAAAUCUCCGGUGCCAUGAUUCGCAUUUCAAAUUGUGAAGAACGCGAAGGCGGCAACACCGAUCGUACUAUCACAAUCAGCGGCAAUCCAGACUCGGUGGCUGUUGCCCAAUACUUGAUUAACAUGAGAAUUUCGAUGGAAACCGCUGGACUUCCAAUACCUGGAUAUCACUACAUUGCACCGAAUCACAUAGUUAAAGCUCCAAUUCAUUGAAUGAUAAACACACAUAUCAAUUUCAGUGAUAGAUGAACAAAAAACAAACACAAGUAACACUUAUUGUUUAGCUACAUAUGCAACGCUACCAACCACCAGCAAACAUUUGUUUCAGCAAUUUUAUUUAUUUUUUGUCUUUAUCAAACUCUUAGUAUAUUUGCCUUUCCAACUUUGAUUCAAUUUUUGUUCACCUAUUUGGUGCAUUGUUUGAUUAAAAUAAUAAUAAUAAUAUAUAUGUAAAUCAGUUCUGUCACAAAUGAUUGUGUGAAAAUCUUAAUACUCAUACUUUUGCGCAUAUUUACAUUCAAUUCAAACUUGUUCGUUUCUUUAUCAAUUUUUAUAUAUAUACAAAAGAUAAUUUAUUUGAAAUUCAUACGUAAUAAUAUUGUGUGCGCGUCAUUUUCGCGGUCGGCUCAAAUACGAAUUUAAACCAAAAGAAAUUGCUGAUUACUAAAUGAUUAGUUGGUAUGAUUGAUAUAAAUAAUAUUUAAUCGUAAACCGUUUGUGAAUGUGAAGAGAAUUAUUCUGUGACUCAUAAAUUAUUAUCAACACAAUUCAAUGUUAAUACAAUUGGAAAUUUUGUGAUGUGAUUUCCCACAUUUCAUUUUAAUCGGAUGGAAGGAUGUGAUUGUGUGUGUGUGUGUGAGAUUUGCAAAUUUAAUAAAUCACACAUACACACACUAUCAACAUGAAACAUAUGCAUAGAGUUUAAAAAUAACAAACACAGGUAAACACACCAUCAUAAUUGUUGUGAUAAUACAUAUGUUUAAAGCGAUUUAAUCGAGCUGAACAAAUAAAAUAAACUGAAAAAUGAUUUUUGAUCGAAAGAAAAUUUAGAAAAUAGUUUUAAAGUCACGUGAAGAGUAGGUGAAAAACAAACCGAUACUACGAUACGAAGUAAGAGAAAAUGAAACGAAGAAUGUUGUUACGGCAAUAUCUCUUUAUGUUUACUGUUUUAACUACAAGACGCGUAUCGUUGGUUUUUAUUUUAUCAAUCAUAGAAAAAUUGAUGUGUUGUGUUUAUUCUCAUUAAAAGAAAUAACAAAUGACUUGCAUGUUGCGUUUUGUUCAAUAUUUUUUUGCAAAGCAUAUCUUCAUAAUUAAAACAAAGACACAAAUGAGCUGAUAACUUUUUCUCAACUGAGAGGGGAAAGAUGUUACUUAUCUCAGUCAUAAGAUUCUUGACAUGGCAAUGUGUAUAUAUAGUCGACAAUCUUAUUUAUAUCUCAAGUUAUUCUGAUCAAAUAUUUAACAAAUAAAUGAACAAACAAAUGAAGAAUACAAACAAUCUACACAACAAAACACGGAAACGGCUCAUGUGUGCUUUAAAUUCUUUCGGGCAUUUGGAAUGUUUGAAUGAAAGAAGGAAAAAAAAACUAAAAUACUAAAAAAAAA